AUGGGUCGCAGACCAAAUGCGUUGAUUCUUCAACACUUCACUCGUGGCGCAAAACUCAACGACUCCAGCAACCGCUACGAGCACACCUGCAAGUCCUGCGGAGAACGAUUCCCCAAAGGUCGAAUCGAUAGUCUCACUACGCAUCUCGUCAAGAAAUGCCCAAGAAUCAGCACUCCUGAUCGUCGAAAGGCGCUUCUCGAGCUAAACAAUAUUCCUGAUCAUGCUGAUCAUGUGCGUGCCCGAGGAGGACCGGCCCAGAUGAAUGGCCCGGCGGCAAUGGAUUGGUCCCGUACAGAAGACACCAACAACACGAACUCCGACUUCAGUGGCCUGCACGCCCUAGUGGAAGCCACGCAAUUCGAUAUCCUCCAGAAGCAUGAUGAUCGGGCACUCAAUAAUAGCGGUGCUGGACGUGGCAGCAGUGCGUCUGAUCCAGCGCGCUUAGACAUCCAGGAACUUUAUACCUCCGAUAAUCCACCCGUUAGCUAUGAGCAACGUGUUCAGAGGGACAAGAAAGUUCUUCACAAUGAAACCAGACGCGAGAGUGAGGCGUCUCUGCAAGCAGCAACCUUCGUUCAUUACGCGUCCGGAUCUCGUGAUGUUUCUCCUUCUUUGGCAAUUUCUGCGUCCAACAUGGCGGCGGUUGCAACAGCAGCGGCUCGUUACAUUCCUCCUAUGGUCGAUCCGCAACUGUUUCGGGACGAUGUCAACGAAACCCAUCAAGACGGCAUGACUCCAAAGGACGAGCAUGAAUCGUAUGCGGCAGCCAAUCCAAACACAGGCUACUUUCAAGACCCUGCAGAGCACCAAUCUAACUUGAUCAUGAUGGACAGCAUUCCUGCUAGCCACUUGUAUCCUUUUGAACCCGAACACUCUGAACGUGCAUACGAGUCCCCGGAGGCGUCCACUCAUACCCGAGGACCUCAGCCCAUCAUUAUGCAGCAGCCUAUGAAUAUGAUUGCAGAGUAUGGCAAUGGUCGAAAAGCGAGCAAGCCAAAAGUUCGUGGUCGAUUCCAGAAUGAUCGCCGCAAGGAAGUUCAGAGGGUACGAAAAUUGGGCGCUUGCCUUCGAUGCAGAAUGCUCAAAAAGCCGUGCGGUGAAGGAACGCCUUGUGCAACUUGCGUCAAUGUCUCGAGUGCCCGUGUGUGGACCUUGCCCUGCACUCGUGUCAACAUUGGAGAAGUUCUUGAGAUGUUUUCUGCCGGCUUGCACGCUACUCUCUCCCAACACGCGGUCCUCGAAGCUCGGAAUAGAUGUGGAUUUCGCGACACUCCGCAUUUGAUUGAUGCCUCGCACUUCCCGGACACGAAGAUAUUCGCUACGUUCAAUGCAAACCACGGUCAAGAGGUCUUGGCUGCAGAUAUCAUUGACCCUGGCCUUAGCGAUGGCAGUCCCAGCAGCGUUCGUCGCUUGUUCGAAGAUGACCUUCAACCCAAGUUGGAGAAAUAUGCCGAGAACAUGCUGACGACUUUCGUCUCACGAGAGCCUUCUCACUUCAUGAACGUCACCCUUGACACGGCGCUGCAACGCUCGGGUCAGAACGAAGCUCUUACUAAAGCUUUGCAUCUCUGGGUCAUGGUCAAUAUUCUGGUUGAUUCUAGCAGAGGUUGGGUCCUCGUGGAGAGACUCGAUGAACAAGGCAUUGCCGGAGUAGGCAACGCCAUUGACAAAAAUGCAGGAGAUCACACGUAUGAGGAUCUCUGUGGACAACUGAAUGCUGCAGCAGAGAAGCAGGCUGCACAAAUGUUCUACAAAGUCGUUAAGGACUUUGAGAUUGGAUUGAUCGCACGUUCGAAGACCCCACGCUUUGAUUUCUUUCUGGUCGCCAUUAUCAUCUUGAGCUGCGUGGAGAAGACCAUGUGGCUUUUCAAGUCCUGGGGCCAAGCAGAAUUCCAAGACAGAUAUCCAUUGCCGAAGACAACAGAGGAAUACCUUGGUCAGGGAGAACAGCUUGCCGAGAUGAUUUACAUGAUGUUGCAGGUUCGAAACAUGGUGCCGAAUCGCCAGGUCAAGUCCAAUGGUAUUUCUGACGGAGACCAAGAUUCUGUGGAAUGGUUUGACCGCGUGCAUCUCAGCUCCACGGAUAUUAGCAUCCCGAAAGACGUAUUUGAGCCAGACAAUUGCCGCUGCUUUGAGUUGAGACUCACAGCACGACUCCUGGCUCCACCUAUGACUCAAGCAUAA